CUGAACCGUUUGGCUCUUUCUCCACAAGCAAGCAACCUUACAAUGUAUCCCAAUUGCUUUUCAAUCUCAUUUUUUUAAGGAUUUAUCAAAUGCUACACUUAUGUAAUCAAAACACAUCGCUCAUUUGGGAUUUUAACUACCAAGCCGCAAUCUCGGGGUAGAUUUAUAACGCUUUAUUGUGACUAUAUUUUAGAAAAUAGCAGUGGAGGAAGAGAUUCCAUAUAAGGAGCACAGCAGAGAAGGCACCCGUUGUGUGAUCUGGACAGUUUAAACUGUAGAGGGAUUACUGUCAGUUAUCUGAAUGACACUCGGGCACAUGGUGCUGAGACUGGUGGACUGUACACUUUCAAAACAUAUUUGUUGUGAAAACAGACUUACUACUGUGGCCUAUGUCCUGUUUGCUGACCUCAUGGUGUAACCAGGUGUAAAGAUGAGCAUAAGCAGUGAUGAGGUCAACUUUCUUGUGUACAGAUACCUACAGGAGUCAGGAUUUUCCCACUCAGCCUUCACGUUUGGCAUAGAGAGCCACAUCAGCCAGUCCAACAUCAAUGGAGCCCUGGUGCCCCCUGCUGCCCUCAUCUCCAUCAUACAGAAGGGCCUGCAGUACGUGGAGGCCGAAGUCAGCAUUAAUGAGGACGGUACGCUGUUCGACGGACGGCCGAUCGAGUCCCUGUCGCUCAUCGACGCGGUAAUGCCGGAUGUGGUGCAGACACGGCAGCAGGCCUACCGAGACAAGCUGGCCCAGCAGCAGGCAGCCCAGGCCCCCCCGGCCACCACCACCAACUUGGCGGCCAAUGCCAAGAACGGAGAGAACACGGCCAACGGCGAGGAGAACGGAGCUCACACCUUAGCUAAUCUUGCACAUGCUGAUGAGGUGCUCUCUGUGUGCCAUACAGACAACCACGUCGACAUGAUGGAGGUGGAUGGGAAUGUGGCGAUUCCCCAGAACAAAGCCUUGGUGCUCCGAGGUCACGAGUCAGAGGUGUUCAUCUGCGCCUGGAACCCUGUCUCCGACCUGCUUGCCUCCGGGUCUGGGGACUCGACGGCACGGAUCUGGAACCUGAGUGACAGCAGCUCCACACAGCUUGUACUGAGGCACUGCAUACGGGAGGGAGGUCAGGACGUCCCCAGCAACAAAGACGUCACAUCAUUAGACUGGAACAGUGAGGGUACGUUACUAGCAACCGGCUCAUAUGAUGGAUUUGCCAGGAUAUGGACAAAGGAUGGUAAUCUUGCAAGUACCCUGGGUCAACACAAAGGUCCCAUUUUUGCAUUAAAAUGGAACAAAAAAGGAAACUUUAUUCUUAGUGCUGGAGUAGAUAAGACUACAAUCAUAUGGGAUGCUCACACAGGAGAAGCAAAGCAGCAGUUCCCGUUCCAUUCAGCACCUGCUCUGGAUGUGGACUGGCAGAGCAACAACACGUUUGCCUCCUGCAGUACAGACAUGUGCAUCCACGUGUGUAAGCUUGGCCAAGACAGGCCUAUCAAGACAUUCCAAGGACACACAAAUGAAGUGAAUGCAAUCAAAUGGGAUCCAACCGGUAACCUGCUAGCCUCUUGCUCAGAUGACAUGACACUGAAGAUCUGGAGUAUGAAACAGGACACAUGCGUUCAUGAUCUGCAAGCUCACAGCAAAGAGAUCUACACUAUCAAAUGGAGCCCCACCGGUCCUGGAACCAACAACCCCAAUGCCAAUCUGAUGCUUGCCAGCGCGUCCUUUGAUUCGACGGUGCGGCUGUGGGAUGUGGACCGAGGCAUCUGCAUCCACACGUUAACCAAACACCAGGAGCCUGUCUACAGUGUGGCCUUCAGCCCAGACGGCAGGCAUCUGGCCAGCGGCUCCUUCGACAAGUGUGUUCACAUCUGGAACACGCAGACUGGCGCUUUAGUCCAUAGUUACAGGGGGACAGGGGGGAUCUUUGAAGUUUGCUGGAAUGCAGCAGGUGACAAAGUGGGAGCAAGUGCAUCAGAUGGAUCUGUUUGUGUAUUAGAUCUGCGGAAAUAACACUGCUUGUUGGAAGCCAUGGACCGACAAUGAAUGUGUACAUAGCCAAAAUGACUGUCCCUGCGCCAUGUACUGCUAGUCCCGCUUAAACCAUGGCACUACAGACCAGAAACAAGCCCCCCGACACAGCAGAUUCAGGAGCAAGGACACGCUCUGUGCAGCAAGUCGUUAGGACCAGAGACAUUAAAGGGACACAGACAAAAAAAUGUAAAUGAAGAAAAAAAAAGCAGAUCUGUAUAUGUACCAACAUUUGGAAGCUAUUUUGCUUUUUGAUCUUUAAACCAUGCUCAUCAAGACAAAAAAAUAUGUUUUAACUUUAUUGGUAGUUCAGUCUCUGUGUGCUGACAUAUAUCGGCUUUCCAAUCCAGCGGCCGGCAGUUAGGUUUUUAACAAAAUCAUUUAUAUUAUUUCAAUAUUUAAGUUUAUAUUUUUUGGGGUCACAAGUGGAGGAGUCAUCUUUUUAUACACACUCACAAAACUGUUCUUUGAAGAAAAUCAUAUUUGGUAAUGUACGCUUUGUGGUUCAAAACAAUAUCGGGACUUGAAGAAAUGUCAUUUUUCAAUUGUAGUUUUUACUGUUGACAUCUAAAUGCAGUAGUUUUUUUAUUUAUUUUUUCUAAAGAAUACAUUGUUUCUCCUGACCAUAAUAUGAGUACAAAUUAACAUGGGCGCACAUGAAAGAAGAGGCAUUAUACAUCUAGAUGCUUUAAAGCCAUGUUUAUGGUUGGUUUGUGCACAAUCGAUGGCGCUAGAGAAACAUUCCAUGAUUCCCUCCUGGACAAAGCUGUACUGCUGUAGCUAUCAUGUGGAAACACAUCAGGUAUUGGAUCGGUUAAAGAAGAGAAGCAGACAAAUCAGUACCUAAUGACCCCCCCCCCCCCCUCUAGUGUGAAGGAUUGGAACUGUGAUGUCCACUGGACCUUUCACAACAGUGUUACCACUGGGGAAACGGAGGCCCCCUUUACAACAUAUAGCAAAAAGAAAGACUUGCUUUAAGUUUUGUAUUCUUCUAAUGACUACUUAGCUGAUAAUGUGUUUCUCUUACUGAUUAUUUUCAAGUACAUUUCAUAUUGCUGAUUUAUCAUAUUUGUGUCACAACAAAACGUCCAUUAGGGUUUUACUCAAAAUGGUUUACAUUUUUAUAAGGCAAAGUUUUUUUAUUCCUGUAGAUUAUUUCCCACAAUAGAUAUUGACAGUGUUUAUUUGGAUCACAAACAAGCAAUGCUGUUUUCAGUAGAAAAAUGUAAUCUUAAAGCAAGUCUGGGUGUUGGGCUAGGAAUCAGAAAUCACAUGGAGUAACAUACACCAUAUACAUUACUACAUUAAGUAGUUAAAAUGUUAACUGAAUUUGAAGCAGUCAUGCAACACUGUGUGGUAUAAUUGUACAUUCAUGUAAAUGUAUCUUUUCAAAUCAUUGUGAGCAGAGAAGUCCCCUACUGGUCAGUAAGCAAUCGACAGUUACAGUGGCUUGUGAAAGUAUUCACCCCCCCUUGGCAUUUUCCCUAUUUUGUUACCUUACAACUUGGAAUUAAAAUAUUUUUUUUGGG